AGCAGCAGCAUGCCGAAGAUCUUCCUGAUCAAGAACCGGCUCCAUCAGCAACAGUUGCGGCUGGUGGAGGAGGCCCAGAAAAAUAGCCACGUCGGGCCGGGCGGUGGCGGCGGUAGCAGUGUGGUCGACGAUGGCGUCGGCAACCCGAGCGAGGUGGGCAGCAAUGAGCCACUGUCGCUCGUGUCCCGCAAACGCGAGCAUGAUGAUUCGUCCGAGCAUGACAUAUUCAGCGAAGAAAAUCGGCUGAGUCCACCGUGCCGGAAGCGGGCAGCAUCACCAUCAUUGUCGAUCUUUGCCACACCGUCCACCGUAGAGCGAGAGACCAUUGGGCACGAUGUCAGCCCUUCCUCCACAACCACCAACGCGGACGGCAGCAAACCGGUGGUCUCAGCGACGACAGCAGCGUCAACCGCUGCACCGUACAGCACCAUUGGCGGUAGCAGCCUUACAGCUUACCACCGAAAUACAGCGCUCUGCCUGCGGAACAGUGGUGCCUCUGCCAAAGAAUCGUCCACCUCACCGCUGGUGGUUCCCCAACAUCCGUCUCAUCAUCAUCAGCGAUUGUUCCUGGGUGGUGGAGCUCGCCGUACACAGCUGCAGCCCCCGGUGGUUGAGAAGAGUGCGCCCCAAGAGCGGGUGGUGGAAGGGGUAGCAGACGAGGAAGCGGAUAGCAGCAACGAUGAGGCGCAGGAUGGAGCAGGAGCUGCAGCAACACAACGGCCGGUACCGCUAGUGAGCCGCAAACCGGCUACACAACAGCAGCCCCCAUCACCGGCGGCCUCACCGGUGACACCAUCGUCACCACCAACACCACCACCGCAAGGUUCCGUGGUGUUCGAGCAGAAGGAUGCGCCGUCGGUACCUAGCUCCAAGUACGACAAGCGGCGACCAACGAUUGUCACCUCGUGUCUGCGAGUAACCGAGGGAGCGGCGCCAUUCAUCGGACCACGUGGACACGUGCUGACCAACGCAGAGCGGAAGGUUUAUCCACCAACACCACCUCCCCUACCACCGACGGUGCCGACGAACCAGUCUGUCAGUCACGACUCAACCGAGGAUGAGGAGGAGGACGACGACGAUAACAACCACCCGGCACGUAGCAAGGACACGCGCAAGGAGUCGGCUGUAGUGGCCACCGGCAGCGGCAAACUAAUCGUACGCGAGGAACCCACCAUACCGGGCAGUGAACCGUACCAGCGUCGGCUGCGACUACCCUCGCCGACGCCUCCACCGCCCAAAGACCGUGUACCGUCGCCGGCGGUCCCGUUCGGUGCUGUGGUGCGCUGCUCCGUCAUCCAGCGAACGCCGGCAGUGCGUAAGACAGCGCAACCGACAGACGAGCUACCACCACCACCACCUCCCCAGCACACCACCCAACCGAAACAUCUAGACGAUAGUCCACGGGCGGUAGAUCUGAAGGUACGCCCGAUGGUGGUGCUAACGGUCGAACCGGAGCAGGACCAACCGAUCGAUUACCACAUCCCCAAGCGUCCGGCCGCAUCAUCGAACGGUGAGGGCUCCAACGACAACAAGGACGAAAGUGAAGAGCGGCAGCUCGGGCGCCGCGAACGGCAGGCCGCCAUACUGCACAACCAUCUACCACAGUACCAUCAUCGGGGUGGAGGGUCGUCGGCGGCCAGGGCUAGGGCUGCCGCCGUUAUUAGCGGCAUCAUGCAGGGAGCCGCCGGACACGGUCGCUCCUCGAACAGUGGAGGAGGUGGCGGUGGUCAGUCCGGUAGCGGCGGUGGCACCAAUGGCGGUGCCGGCGCCGGUAAUGGCGGUGGUGGAGGAGGUAUCAACUUUUCCGCCGGUGGAGGUGGCGGAGGCGGUGGCGGUGCGCUGGGAGCGGGCGGUGCUGGUGGUGGUAUGGGUGGCCGAGAUGGACGAUCCAACUAUGGGCCGAACAGUCCACCGACCGGUUCGUUGCCACCGUUCUACGAAAGCUUGAAGGGGGGCGGUGCCAGCGGCGGUUUGAACGGGUACAAUGCAAAUGGUGGCUUUCUGACGAACAGUGCUGCCAGCUAUCAGCAGCUGCUCAGCUCGCUCGAGUGUGACGCACAGGAUUUGGGCGGAGCGGGCGGUGGAGCGGCAGGACUCGGCAGUGGUGUCAUACUCGGGCUCGGUACGGGCUUCACGUAUGGCAGUGCGACGGAUGGUAGUGGUGGCGGUGCGGCGGGAGGCAACGGGCAGCAGGGCGGCAACAAUGGGACGUCGGCAGCGGCUGCUGCAGCAGCGGCAGCAGCCGUCAUGGGCAAACACUGCACACUGAUGCUACACAAUCACUUCGGUUUGGCGCUGAAGGAUGAAGUUGACCUCGGUUACGACACCAAGGUCGAUCCAACGCUGCACGGACUGUACGCGAGUGCCACCGGCGAUAGUGUGGGUGGCAAUGGUGGAGGCGGUGCCGGUGGUGGUGGUGGUGGAUCCGGCGGUGGAUACGAUGUAGCCGACUCGAUGAUGGAUAUGGGCGACUCGAUGCAGCUGACGGCGACCCUUACCACGUACCCAUCGUCGGCCGGUGGCAGCCCGAACGGCCUGCUGGACGGGUGCUUGAGCGAUGCGGAGUUUUCGCUCUACUCGCGCGGCAUGCACGACGAACAGUCCAGCAACUGUAACGAUCUCGAACUCACCUCGACGCCCUCGCUGACGCCCGAUUCGGUGAGUGCCUCGCUGCAUCAAAUCGACCCCGUACACGAUACGCUCGCGGAUGCGUAUCCUUCCUCAGGAUCGGGUGCCGACCAGCAGCAGGGCGCUGGUAGUGGGGGUGGUGGUGCCGGUGGUAACUCGCACGGUGCCCAUCUCGUACUGCCCCGCGAGUACACCAACAUGGCGGCCGCUACCUUUGGUGCUCAGCACGGGCUCGGCGGUCAUCAGCAUACGACGCUCCAUUCGCUCGCGAGCAAGUAUCACGGGGGCGCGGCACAGGAUGGUAAUCAACCGCCCAGCUAUCUGCAGACGGCUGCCAACGGUUCGUACGGUUCGUUUCAACCGCUGCUGCGGUACGAUCAGCUCGACAGCAACCUAUCGCUCCCUUCGCCCGGCGGUGGCUCAUCGCUUGACUUCGAUCUCCACCAGAGCCUGCAACCGUUGCAGGGUCCGUUUGCGAUGAAUCUACAGCUGACCGGUGGCCAGAACGCACAUCUGCAGCAACAGCAGGCACCCGCGUCACACCAACGGUCGACCGGUGGGGUACGAUCGCCUGGUGGUAACUCCACCUCAUCCGUGUCGUCUGCAUCGUCUGCAGCGGCGGCCGUCGCUACGGUCGCUAGCCUGAGCGCACACAACGUACCGGUGGCUGGUCCACCGCCAGCCGUACUCGCCAACACGAUACAGAAUCAGUUGGGACUUCCCGCCGACUCGGAGCUGCAGUUUGUGAACGGUGGCCACGGCAUCAAGAAUCCGCUCGCGAUAGAAAAUGUACCUCUCCGGAUGCGUUCCGAUGAACGGCACGGUGGCAAACAUUUGUCCGGUUCGGCCGGCACAAAACAGCGCAAUCACCACCAUCAGCACCACCAUCAACAGCAGCAGCAACAACAACCGCAGCACCACCAUCAACAGCAGCAACAUCAGCAGCAAAUGCAUCAGCAGCAACAUCUUCAGCACCAUCUCGAGAACGGUUCGAACGCGUCACCAUCCUCAUCCUCGUCCUCUUCCUCCUCCUCUUCCUCCGUUUCAUCCUCCUCGUCCGCGUCGUCACCGAACGGUUGCGGUUCGCCCGGCUCGGUCGCAACGAGCGGCACCAACGGUCCAUCCGCCACCAACACGGACGACGACCAGAACCGCUUCGUGUGCCGCAUCUGCUCGAAAACGUUCAGCCUGCAGCGGCUGCUGAACCGUCACAUGAAGUGCCACUCGGACGUGAAGCGCUACCUGUGCACGUUCUGUGCGAAGGGUUUCAACGAUACGUUCGAUCUGAAGCGCCACACGCGCACCCACACCGGUGUCCGGCCGUACAAGUGCAAUCUGUGCGAAAAGUCCUUCACGCAGCGCUGUUCGCUCGAGUCGCACUGUCUGAAGGUGCACGGCGUACAGCACCAGUACGCGUACAAGGAGCGCCGAACGAAGAUGUACGUGUGUGAGGAGUGUGGCCACACGACGAACGAACCGGAAGUACACUAUAUGCACCUAAAGGAGAAGCAUCCGUACUCGCCGGCACUGCUCAAGUUCUACGACAAGCGGCACUUUAAGUUCAACAAUGCGGCAUUUGCGAACAAUCUGCUCGGUUCCUUACCGAUGCCGGUGCAUAACUGA